UCAACUCAUUCGGGCUCAACGUCUUAACUUGAAUACUUUUAGCACUACAAAAAUUUCUGUAAAUUUCAAACAGUGUGUAGCGUAGCGUUUUGGACUCUCAACUUUGACUGCCACCAAGGUGAAAUCCGCGAGCCCAGCCAUGUCCCUCUUCCGCUGGCGAGACCCCGGUCUUCUGCACACCCUGAACUUUGUGCGGGGAAUCCGCACUGGGGCCCACAAGGUGGCCAGCAAUCCCCGCCAGCGGAACCGAGUGCGUCGCCAGGCCAACGACAGCAGAUUUUCCCCGUCGCGUCUUCGUCACGGAAAACUCUUUCGGGCGGAGGCCAGCCAGAGUCCGGAUCAGAAGCUAACCUCCUAUGGGGAGUACAUGGAAAUGAUGGCCAGCCGGCACGAGAAGCAGCUGAAACUGGAGGAGGACAUGGCCCGGGCGGAGAGUGCACGGCAAAAAGCAAGGGAGCAGAGGGAGCGCGAAAAGGCAGAGCAGUCGAACGAGGCACCUCUUAUCCUGUGCGCUGAGGAUGUGACUGGACUGCGCAAGAUGUACCUCCUGGACGGCGAGGAGCUCCAAAACGAGGUCCUCAGGAUGCACGACAGUGAUCGCAGCUUCAUGGAUGAGCCCCUGGACGAGCCCGAGGCCGUGGUACGGAGUCUGCGUCGCCUCCAGGUAUUCGAAGACAGUAUUCCCUGGACAUCGAGCAGUGGGUGCGAUGAGAUCGUGGACCUUCCGGAGUUGAGGGACGGCGAAGAGCAGUGGAACCCGGACUCGAGUCACGGGAACUGGGUGCGUCGCGUGAUGCAGUUCCUGCGCUUUCGGCGACUCUCGUAAAGGUCCCAAGGAACCACCCGACUUCUCCUGGUGUUACUGCCCAUUUCUGGGCAGUUUCCAGUUCGCAGUCUUCGCUUCCAUGCCUCAGCGCAUGCGCAGCCAUCUGGAUAACAAUCGUGGUCAGAGUCCGUUUAAUUUGUUUGCGCUUUGGUCUCUUGCCCAAUCUCCAUUCCGCUUGACUGGCCAAGUGGAGUGCUCCGUACCAGAAGGUACGGCAGUCUUAUCAUUAUUUGGAAAACCCUAAAAAUUUAGGAUAUUUAGCAGAGAACAAUGGGUAUUAUAUUUGUUGGCCCGAUCGUCAGCACACGCAUGUAGUAUUAUAGUUACAAUAAAGAGAUCCCAAGUACUGGGCUCUGGAAAAGA